AAUUUUACAUACUAAUUGUUAUCCGGAAUCAAAAAAUAUGGUAGAAAUUCGUGAUGAAUUUGAAAAGGAUUCUGUUCAUAAUCAAGAAAUGCUUCCAGAACUAGAAGCUACCAAAUGGGACCAAAAAGAUGUAGAAAUUCGUAAUGAAUUUGAAAAGAUUGACGGCGGCGGUAUUCGUAGAAGAAGGGAUUCUGUUCGUAAUCAAGAAAAGCUUCUCGAGUUAGAAGCUAUCAAAUGGGAUCAAAAAGAAGAUUUUACUACUUAUGUAACAAGAUUUUGCGGACUUGUUAAUGAUGCCGGACUGGAUGAUGCAUCUGAGCAACGCAAAAUAGAAUUAUUUUUGAAAUCACUUCCACCCAAUCUCAAUGAUAUUAUGCAAAAACAAAUCCAAAAACAAUUUAGG